CUUAGAAUGCUGGAAGCUGAGGAAGUUGGUUUUGCAAUAUUGUAACAAUCAUUAAAGCUUCGCAUCAGGCAGGGCAGGAGUGCUGGGCUGGGAAGAUGGAUGCACUGAGACGGCUCAGGCUCAGCUGGGCCCUCUCCUGGAUUUCCACUGUGACCUUGAAUGGCAGAAUUCAAGUCAGGUGGGUGUGGAGUGAGGGCAUGUAUCAGGAAGGAGGGAAUCCAGUGCUAAGUCAGUCCUUCGCUUCAGGGGGCUCCUAGGAUAUCUGGGAGACCCUCUGUUACCACGUGGAAGGUCUUGAUGGCAAGUUGUCCAUGUUCUUGGUGCGUUGAACAAAGAAUUGAACAAAAUGCACAAACAAAGCAACAAAAGGAUGAAGCAAUAAAAAAGCAACAAAAGAACAGAGCAGUGAAAGCUUAGAUUUAUUGAAGCAAAAGUAUACUCCACAGAGGGGGAGCAGGCUCAAGCAAGUGGCUCAGGAGCCCCAUUGUUCUUUAGGGUUUUUAUUAAGCCAAAAGAAUUUGGUGGCACUCUAGGUGCCCUUUAGAGGCCUCCAGUUGGUUACUCCCUAUGAAGGAUUGGCCCAAGGUCAAUCAGAGGCUGGAGUGGAGACUUGACCCGUGGCCAAUCAGAGGCUGGAGUGUGGAGACUCGGCCCGAGGUCAAUCAGAGGCUGGAGUGGAGACUUGACCCGUGGCCAAUCAGAGGCUGGAGUGGAGACUCGGCCCGAGGUCAAUCAGAGGCUGGAGUGGAGACUUGACCCGUGGCCAAUCAGAGGCUGGAGUGGAGACUCGGCCCGAGGUCAAUCAGAGGCUGGAGUGGAGACUUGACCCGUGGCCAAUCAGAGGCUGGAGUGUGGAGACUCGGCCCGAGGUCAAUCAGAGGCUGGAGUGGAGACUUGACCCGUGGCCAAUCAGAGGCUGGAGUGUGGAGACUCGGCCUGAGGUCAGUCAGAGGCUGGAGUGGAGACUUGACCCGUGGCCAAUCAGAGGCUGGAGUGUGGAGACUCGGCCUGAGGUCAAUCAGAGGCUGGAGUGGAGACUUGACCCGUGGCCAAUCAGAGGCUGGAGUGUGGAGACUCGGCCUGAGGUCAAUCAGAGGCUGGAGUGGAGACUUGACCCGUGGCCAGUCAGAGGCUGGAGUGUGGAGACUCGGCCUGAGGUCAAUCAGAGGCUGGAGUGGAGACUUGACCCGUGGCCAAUCAGAGGCUGGAGUGUGGAGACUCGGCCUGAGGUCAAUCAGAGGCUGGAGUGGAGACUUGACCCGUGGCCAGUCAGAGGCUGGAGUGUGGAGACUCGGCCUGAGGUCAAUCAGAGGCUGGAGUGGAGACUUGUGUCUUGUGAUUGCAGGGGUGAGGAUGUGGCCUGUGUGCUGCCCAAUCCUGCCUGGAACUGGCUGCACCUGCUGUUCUUCUGCUUCUGCCUUAACCCUGGGUUACCCUCAUUCCCUGUUCUCCUGCCUCACCCCCACUCUGCAGGCUGUGUCUUCUGAUCUGUUACUGGAGGCUUGGAGUGAGGUCAUCUCUGGCUCUCAGUCGAGGGGCAGCUGUGUGGGUAGAUGCCCUGUAACAUCUACCCUCGGAGCUUCGGGGUCUAAGAUGCCAAACAGGGUCCUGACUGGGCCCCCUCUGGCUGUGGCCUCAGAGUAAACUGCAAGGGAGACUCCAGGGCAGUGGCUCUGGGGUCUUGGAGCAUCCCACCUCCCUGGUGUUAAUGCUGGAUAAUGAAGAUGCACCAGCUAUGGAAUCCGGGGGUCAGCAGCUCCCUGGGAAAGACCCAGUCUCCCCCUAGCCCUGGAAGGAGGCUGCAAGAUCUCUAUUCUGCUCAGGUGGGCUGGUGAGCUUGUCCCCAAUAAGACACCACCCUCAUAUUGCCCCCAGCCUCCCGCUUGCCUGUCUCUUUAUUCUCCUAACAUUUUCUCCAUAUCACUAGGAAAAGGAUGUUUUGGUAAUGAUCAAAUGAAUUCACAGAUGGGAUAUCCAGCCCCCUCCUCCCAGGACAGGUGGGAGGGGAGCGUCUGCGGGGCUCACACAAGCAUGGAGCUGAGCACUUGGGCCGGGGGCUGAAUUUCCUCCGGUGCCUCGCCAGGGAGUAGCGCUCGGAGCCCCUGAUAAAUGUCCCCUGGCAGGACCUGGCCUCUCUUGGAGAGCUGGAGCAUGGACGGGGCACUUUAGCUGCCCAGACCUAAUAAAGUACAAUAUAACCGUGUGUUUGACUCUUGUUUGCAUCUGAAGAUCAUUCUUCUAAGUUUAGUUUUAUUGAUCUGAGAGGGGCUCGGCUCCUGGAAAUCAGUGUCCCCCUCGGCUUCCCAGCCACCUUCUUGUGUCACCACUUGGGACUUGCAUGAUCCUGGUUGCUGUUUGCCUAAUUUGCAUUUUGUUAGCCAAUGAUUAAGCAUGUUAGCAAGGCAAACCCGGGCUCAGCGAC